AUGCCUGCUUCAUACGAUCUCCAAGGAAAGGUUGCCCUGAUUACUGGCGCUGGCCGGGGUUUAGGAGCUGCUAUUGCCAAAGAGCUUGGAUCGCACGGUGUAUCGGUUAUUAUCAACUAUGCAAAAUCGGCAGGACCGGCACAGGCUGUCGUCGACGAAAUUCAGGCAUUGAAGGGUAAUCCUAAGGCGGUUGCUAUCCAAGCCGAUGUCAGCAAAACUCCAGAAGUCAAGCGACUCUUCGAAGAGGCCAUCAAACAGUUUGGCAAGAUCGAUAUCGUUGUCUCCAAUUCUGGUAUGGAGGCCUUCUCUGCGGAGGAGGACGUUACCGAAGAACUGUACGACAAGGUCUUUGCACUGAACACUCGCGCCCAGUUUUUUGUCGCUCAACAUGCAUUGAUCCAUUGCUCUGAAGGAGGACGUCUGAUUCUAACAUCGUCUGUUGCCGCAACUAUGACUGGUGUUCCUAAUCAUGCCCUGUACGCAGGUUCGAAAGCUGCUGUGGAAGGUUUUACACGUAGCUUCGCGGCGGAUUGUGGAAAGAAAAAGAUCACAGUCAAUGCUCUCGCUCCGGGCGGCAUUCUCACUGAUAUGUAUCUUGAAAACUCGUGGCAUUAUGCUCCUGGUGGUUACCCAGGCAUGCCUAUCGCGCAAAUCGAUGCUGGAAUCGCAAGUCUUUGUCCGCUGGGGCGGACUGGAAAACCUAUUGAUGUCGCCCGUACUGUGGCAUUCCUCUGCAGCGAAGAGGGUGAAUGGAUAAAUGGGCAAGUAAUCAAACUCAGCGGUGGUUCGGUCGCUUAG